GAAAUGCAAAUUGAAUUAAGUAGUAAAUAUGAAAGGAUUUUAAUAUAUAAAUUACAUACAUUAAUUGAAAUAAAAAAUAUGAAAUAUUUAUUAUAUAUAUCAACUUUAAUCAUAUUAGGAUAGUCAUUAGCAACAUAGCUUUCAUAGAAGCCAACCUGCUUUUUGGUAAAUUCUCCUGAAGAGAAUUCAAAUUUAACAGUAAAUUACAUAGUUUCAGGUUUGGAUGAAAAUUAAACAGAUGCUUUUAUAAGGAAAAAAGAUGGGGAAAUAUUAGUAAAAGUUCAAAAUACAAAGGAUGGAAGGAUUAGAGAAACUUUAAAAGACAAAGAUAAUUAUUAUAUUUGUUUUUAAAGUCGAGAUAAGAGUUAUAAAAUGGUGAGCUUUGACUUUGAUAUUGAAGGAGUUGAUAAAGAAUAUGCAUAAUCCGAAUAGUUUGAACAUAUGUCAAAAGAAUUACAAAAAACAUAAAAAAAUUUUUAAAGCAUAUAUAGAAAUUAACAUUGGAUAUCGGACAGAGAGAAUGCACAUGCAAUAAUAUUGGAUUAAACAGAGAAAUCAGUUUAAUGGUGUGCUAUUAUAAAGGUUGGAGUAUUAAUUGCUAUAAGUUUAUCAUAAAUCUAUAUUGUUUAUAAUUAUUUCAAAGACAAAGAUCUAAGUGGAUAAGUGUGAGAAAUAUAG